GGUUUAUUCUUUAUUGUGUUGGAGUGAAGGCGGAGCUUCAAUUGAUAGGGAAUUUAAUGACAGGUUUCUCUCAUAAGACUUAACAACAGGGAUGCUUGCCAGACAGGUUUACAGGUAUUUACAUUGCAGGAUUUUGGUGUAAAACUCUUUAAAGGACAUUUUUCAAGAGGUCUGGAUAUCACAGUCAGUUGAAGAACAGCACUGGAGGCAGUUAGAACAGGAGGUUCUAGAAUGCUUUGGUACACAGCACUCUGUGUGCUUGGAUUAAUCCUUCCCUGCGUACAUGGAGACGUAUCUGAAAUUCAGACCCUCGGUAACUUGAAGAUCUCUAUUCUGGCUUCCUCCAACUCAACGGAUGCCUCUAUCCAAGCUGCUCUCCUAAAUGCAGCUGUCCAGCUCGAGUUAUAUUUGAAGACAAACUAUGAAGACAUACGUUCCUUCAGAAUCACCAAUAUCAAGAAAGCAUGACCUGUACAAAUGGUUGUUAGGUGAUAAAGUUUAAGCUUGUGAUUAAUUGAUUUGUUCUGGAGUUACAUUAUUUGUUGCAUAGAAAGUUGUCGAGGUAUUUUAUCACUGUAUCCCAAUCUCUCUCAAGGUAAUAUGUAUAUUAUAUAUUCAAAUGAUUGUUCAAAAUAGGAAGUGUACAGAAGAUUAAGUGAUUCCCCCAAGACAGCCAGCAGAGGGCCUUGUUGAUUUGUUGUAUUUUUUCUAUCACAGGAUAUCAAGCACUGGAUGUGAUUUUAAUUUCAUAUGAUACAUUCUGGUCCUUGGACACCAUCUUAUGGCUGCAAUAAAACACUACACUAUUCGUCGAUAAAGUGUAGAAGGCCUCUGUAGCACAGUGUUCACGGCAAAUUAUAGGAAAAAGUUUUAGAUGACACAAUAAGCCUGACACUAAUUUGAGAAUUUGAUUACUGUAAUUGUUUUUUGUUCAGUAAGAACCAGUUAGUACACUCCAAUACAGUACAGAUUUACAACAUUACAGAUUUAUAGAACAUUACAUAAUGCAUAGGCUGAACUGGCUUACUGUACAAAUACUGUAGCCUACAUAGACUUUUUGCCUAGUGAGCCUAUGUUCAAAUAUUGAAUCCGGAAAAACCUUGUAAAGACAGUGUAGAAGAAGAGGAAGCCGGCGUUUGACCCACAGUCUUGUUACGAAUUAGACCGAGAAAGACGGUGAAAGGAGGGGCUAGCGACGAAGGAACGUGGAUAAAUUGGAUGACACGGUGCGUGCGCAAUGAGGCUGACAAAUAACGGUGGAUGGGAUUUAAGAAAAAGGAAAUGUCUUGAUUCAAUACAUUUGUUUAUUCAGAUUGAAGCGUCUAUUGUUGAAACAAAUUUCCGUGGAUUUUAGUUUUUCUGGUUUUUAUGCGGGUCCUCGCGGUUGGCUUCCAAGAUAAUGACCAGUGGAACGCACGUAUAAUUCAUGUUGGAUAAAGCUGCAGCGGUUAGUCGGAAAUAUAUAUUUUAAGCACAGGUCUGUCUAUGCAUCACUGCGAGGUGAUAUCGGGGAAAGAGCUUUGUCAAAAUAUCCCAGAUCGUGAUUAAACAACAUAUCUCUCCAUUCUCGUCGGUCAUCUGUGUCGCGUGAGAGAUGGCGUGGGUCCUGUCUGUGCUGGUGUUCCUGGUGCUGUCCGUCCACAGCCGGCCCUCUCUGGGCUGCCCCCACGGGUGCCGCUGCUACAGCCUCACGGUGGAGUGUGGCUCCAUGGCCCUCCGAGACAUCCCGCUCCACGUGCCCCCCUCUGCACAGACCAUCUUCCUCCAGGAUAAUGCCAUAGGUCAGAUCAGAGUACAGGAUCUCUCACACCUGGGCCACCUUCACUACUUGUACCUGCAGAACAACAGCAUCUCAGCCCUGGAGCCCGGAGCCUUCCGGAACCAGAAUCUACUGCUGGAGCUGGCACUCAACGGCAACCGUAUCCAUUUGCUGACUGCAGACAUGUUCCGAGGCCUGGAACACCUCCGCAUCCUGUAUUUGGCAGGAAAUGACAUCACCCGCCUGCAGGACUACACCUUCAGAGGCCUACAGCGUCUGCAGGAGUUGCACCUGCAGCAGAACAGCAUUGAGCUCCUUGGGGACCAGGCUCUGGUGGGCCUCACCUCCCUGGCCCUGCUGGACCUGAGCAGGAACAACCUCCAGACCAUGGGCCCCGCCACCCUCCGACCUCUGGUCAGCCUCCAGGUCCUGCGCCUCACAGACAACCCGUGGCGCUGCGACUGCGCCCUCCACUGGCUGCGCAGCUGGAUCGACGAGGAGGGCCAGCGUCUGCUCAGCUCGGCCGAGCGUCGGCUGGUCUGCACGGAGCCGCCCCGCCUCUCCCACCUCAGCCUGGUGGAGGUGCCCCUCAACAGCCUGGUGUGCAUCCCCCCGCUGGUGCAGCUGGAGCCACGCCGCCUGGCCGUGCGGCUGGGCGAGAGCCUGCGGGUGUCCUGCCACGCCUCGGGCUACCCCCGGCCCCAGGUGACCUGGAGGAAGGCCUCUCUGGGCAAGCUGCCGCUGGCCCCCCGCGGCCUGGUGCAGGAGCUGGGGGGCGGCGGCGCGGCCGGGAGCGGAGGGGCGGAGAACGCGGCGGGCCACCUGGGGGAGGAGAGGGUGAGGCUGCAGAAGGGGGACGGCGGCGAGAGGUUUGAUCCCGACACGGGGAGCGGGAUGCUGUUCCUCAGCAACGUGACGGUGGCUCACGCCGGGCUCUACGAGUGCGAGGCCUGGAACGCCGGGGGCGUGGCCCGGGUGACCUUUCAACUGGGCAUCAACUCUUCUUCCUCCUCGUCCUUCUCAUCUCCCUGGGCCCCCGUCUCGCCCUACGCCCCUUCCUGGCCCCGCCUACGCUCCUCCCGCCCCGCCGCGUCGGACGUGAGCCGCGAGCCUCUGUACGCGCUCGGCAGCAUGGCCUUCAGCGCCCUCGGAGCCGCCACACAGACUGCCAUCGCCAUAGGGAUCUCGCUCCUGGCGCUCACCGCCCUCCUGCUGGUCGCCAUGAUCUACAGUCGCCAGCGGCAACGCCAGAAGGAGGCGGAGGACAAGGAGGAGAGCAUCCUGUACGUCAACGACUACUCCGACGGCCCCACCACCUUCGCCCAGCUGGAGGAGUACCGCGACGAGAGGGGCCACGAGAUGUACGUCCUGAACCGCGCCAAACCGGUCCUCCCUCCGCCGCCCCACACCGCCGUGACCACCGCGCUGGGCUACCCCCAGCCGGAGCCCCCCUCCCCGCCCUCUUGCCCCGCCAAGCUCCAGUCUCAGGGGGAGCCUGACAUACGGACCAUGAGGCGGAUGGCGGGGGAGGGAGGGGAGGCGGAGCCCGUCACCACGGCGGAGUCCGAGGGCCUGUUCCUCAACCACACCGGUCUCUUCCUCGACUCUCAGAUAGCAUACGAGAUCCACUGCUGAAGAGAGGAAGACUGCGAGGAGGAUGAGGAUGAACAAGUGUGGGUGAAUCCUCUGAACUAAUAGGGACAUGGGUUGAGGAGCAGCGGGAUCGGAGUGUCGUCCCUCUAUGGCCUGUUGUGACCGGAGAACCUAGAGAUCUCCUGAAACCCUGGAAACUGUGAUACUCUCACCAGCAUGGAGGUGGAACUGGCCCUUAAGCUGACUAGCCCAGAACAACCAACUGUCCUUCACUGGAUAAGUCCCUUUUAUUUAACUGGGAUUUGUGGAGCCGUGUGGCUAAUUGAUUGGAAGCCUUCCAACCAAGAACUGCUGAUGCUGCGUUGUACCUAGCUGUGAGAGAAGAGGAAUGAUAUCAAAGUGUUGUUGUGUGGAUUCAAUUGGAGUUGGGUUCGUUCAGGGCAGUUGUUUUGAAGAAAUGUGUUGUGGAUAAACCAAAACAGAAUCCAGCCAAUCAGAAAUACUGUUGUGUUGUGUCUCCUUCCCCACUUCCCCUCUUUUAACAUACCAACCUAUCACCUACCAACCUACCAACAGUUGUGUGGAUCCAAGAGCAGGCUUAGCUGACCUGCUGUAUCUCACCUGACCCAGAUCAAGAAUAAAAACGCACAAAACUUACUGACAUUGUCUAGAAUCUGUAAUAUCUUACAAUGGGUUUCUCUGAGACAUUGUACAGAUCAAACCCAAUUCCCCAUUUUCUACUGCAUAGCGUAAUCUCUAAAGAUUGGUUUGGUCAAAUUAUGUCGACCCUCUUGGAUCUCCUCCAGUUUCUUCUCAUCGUAUUAUUGGCUAAAUUUCCUGAAAAUUUGUAAGAUGUGAACUUGCAUGGAGAGGCAAUAUUGCAUUGGAGUGCAUUAUGAGAUCGUAAAUGUCAGCCAUAUAAAUGCAAAACAUAUUUUAUAACUAGCCUAUGAAAGUAAGGCUUGCUUCUUUAUCAACACGUUUUUCUGCCUCAUGUUGCCUCCCAGUCCCCCAAAAAUAUGUUCUUAUGUGUUCCCUGUAUUCACAUGGUCAUGUGUUUCAGUUGCAUUUCAUUUCAGUUUACCUCAAUAAGUCUAGUUACUGUACAAUCUAUGUUUAAAAUGUGUCGCCUGUUGGCCCAUUAAACUCAGCACAGUAUGAAGCCUGUGUGGUACGUUCUAUGUGCUGUGUACUGUGAAGCUGCUCUUACAAAUAUUUAAAUAUGUAGAGGGCAUCUAUUACCUUAACAUUGACAUUCUUCAACCUGUGAUUUUGGAUUCCAGAUGUAGAAAAUGUUCAUAUUUUGCUAAUAUAAUUAUUGCUGGGACGUACGGCUCUACAUUGAACCAAAAAGGGCGGUUGUGCAUUUCUACUACGUUAAACUAUCGAUUUCUUAAUUUUGUCUCGAUGUUAUUUAUAUUCCAGCUACAUAUUUAUUUCCAAAUAAAUUACAACUUAUUGCUGUGUCCUCUUGGUUGUGGGAAGUUUUUAUGUUGGAAAUAAGGCUACAUGCAACGAUGCAGUAAAGUAUAGGCUGCUAAAUCAGCAUUUUCCGUCAGGCAUAACCAAGAAGCAGUGAUAGGCCUAAAAUGUUUCAGUUCACUUCGUUAAGAAAAUUGGUCUAUCCAUAUCGCAUCCACAUCGGGUAAUUAGUUUUACACACCUGUUGUAAAUUCACGCUGUUGUAGCGCAAGCAGCAAAUGAGGCUUCUUCAUGUCUAAAUCAAGGUAUGCCAGGGUAUGCGCCCAAAAAAAUUGUUGAAAUUCUACCUAAACGUCUGAUGUGGCACCAAUGUGAUGUCGUUUUAAGCGGGCAAUAUAAAGCGUAAUUAUUUUUAGUCUUUUCACAACUUAUUGAUUUCGAGACUAGCGACGACCCACUAGUAAUUACUGCAUCGAUCUAUGAACGCAUUCAUUUUUUGCCUGGGCUGAUUCUGUUCAAUGUUGUAACCAUUGAAAAAAAAAAAAAAUACGUUUUAAUCUUCAGAGCCAAACCGGUAUUUUACUCUUGUAGUCAAUUGUCCUCCUCCUCCCAUUGCCCUCCAGACCUUGUCUGGACAAAUCCCUUCAGUGACAGGAUGAAACUUACUAAUCAUUGGUGAUCAAUGAGGUCACAGAAGUAAGAACAAAGAGCAAUUGGCUAAAGUUUAACUUCUAAUCAUGAGUGGGUGGGGGAGUCAGUCGUUGGAGUGCUAUGUGUGUCCAUACUCUGUUCCACUCUGAAUUACCUCAUCAAAUGGGCCAGUAGCAAGGGACAGUUUACUGUAGGAAGGGGAGGGAGACAGUGAGACCAGACUGAAGGAAACACCAGUCAAGAAAGGAAGAACCGGCGUGUCUUGAUUAAUGGAAGUCAGAAGACAUAGAGCAGGCCUCAAAACGGAUUGCAUAAGUGAGAGGGAGGUGAAGCUGGAAGGAAAGAGCGCGACGGUGAUGAUAUCGAUGGAGAACAUUGAGAUGAAGCUGUUUGCCUUUGAUCCUCCGUCACAAGUGGGACCACUGCAGGAAUCCCAGUUUAAUGACCCGGACCCGAGCCCAGGCCCUGAAGAGGUAAGAACCACAUUCAACCUCAUGCUAUACAUUGUUAGUAUUGACGAGGCAAGGUAUAACUUCAUAGUUUCUCAUUGGUUUGUGAUCAUGUAAAAAAAAAACCUUGCUAGAUACUCUGACAAGGUGAACUAAAAUAACAUGUUUUCAAGCAUUUAAAUUUAGCUUCAAGUUCCAGGUUUCAUUACAUUACAUUUAGUCAUUUAGCAGACGCUCUUAUCCAGAGCGACUUACAGUAAGUACAGGGACAUUCUCC